AUGUUUUCCAAAAUGAUUAUAGAACUUGUAAUUUUCCAAGUUUUGGGUGUAUCCCUGGGUGAAAUGUGGAAACCACCUGUCCAUUUUCUGAGUCUAGACCAGACGGAAAUCCGGCUUUACACAAAGACAGAAGAAGCAUUACUUGUACGGUCAAGCUACAAGAGUGAUGGGCCAAAUAGGAGCUAUCUUUCUGUAUAUUCAAAAGACCUGGAAGUGACAGAAGUGGUAAAUGUGACCAGGAUGUCUUCGGAAGUUGCAAACUUUAAAAUAAACCUACUGCCAAAGAGAGCAGGUGAGACAAGUUUAACUAUCCAGCUAUGGGAUUUUGUAGGUGGACAAGAAAAACUCAUCGAAGAGAUAAAAGACAUCCAAAUGAAAGUGAUCUUCAAACAGGAAACAGAGACUGUCCUAAAGGCACUGCUGCAUUUUGACAGCUAUGCCCUAAUGCUGAUUUUCCCAAUGAUCUUGCUUAAUAAAUGUGCAUUUGGUUGCAAGAUUGAAGUGGAGACACUCCAGAUUGCAUGGAAGAGACCUUUACCAAUAAUUCUUGGUGCAGCCAUACAGUUUUUUGUUAUGCCAUUCUGUGGAUUUCUUUUUACUAGGGUUUUGGCAUUAUCCCAAGCUCUCUCUUUUGGAUUUGUCAUGACUUGUACCUGUCCUGGAGGAGGUGGAGGCUACCUCUUUGCCCUGCUUCUGGAAGGUGAUAUUACUUUGGCCAUUGUGAUGACUUGUACUUCAACAUUAUUAGCACUGAUAAUGAUGCCUCUAAAUUCAUAUAUUUAUAGUAGAAUGUUGGGACUGCAUGGUUCACUGCAUAUACCUGUUUCUAAAAUCAUGACAACCCUUCUUUUCAUAGUUAUACCGAUAUCAGUAGGCAUAAUCAUUAAGCAGAAAGUACCUAAAUGGGCAAGCUACCUGGAAAAAAUAAUUAAACCUUUUAGUUUUGUGUUAAUGUCUGUUGGAAUAUAUUUGAGCUUCAGAAUGGGAUCACUGUUUGCAAAAACAAUCAGUUUGGAGAUGCUUUUCCUGGGAAUAUUAGUUCCUGUGUUGGGUUUGUUGUUUGGAUAUUCAUUUUCUAAAAUGCUUAUGUUGCCUCUUCCAGUUUGCAAAACAGUUGCUAUUGAAGGUGGGGCUCUAAAUAGUUUCUUAGCAUUGGCCAUUAUUCAGCUCUCUUUUCCACAACCCAAGGCAGAUUUGGCAUCUGCUGCUCCUUUUACAGUAGCCAUGUGUUCUGGCUUUGAAAUGUUGCUUAUGAUUCUGUUAUACAAUGCUAAGAAAAUUACUGUUCUAAAUGUAGAAAAUGAAAAACUAAAAUCUUUUGUCUAA